AUGUCUCAAGAAUCUACUUCAACUCAAUCUUCUUUAGAAUCUUUGUACCAAGUUUUCUCGCAUCAACAAUCUACUUUACAACAAUCUAUUUCUCAACAAUCUACUUCUCAACAAUCUACUUCUCAACAAUCUACUUCUCAACAAUCUACUUCUCAACAAUCUACUUCUCAACAAUCUACUUCUCAACAAUAUAUUUCUCAACAAUCCACUUCUCAGCAAUUUACUUUUCAACAAUCUACUCCUCAACAAUUUA